AUGAAGGCUCACAGCAUUCUUGUGUAUGCGAGUUGGCUUGUGUACGCGCCGUCAGCACUUGCGUCGCGCGACCAGGUUGUCCUUAAGGAUCCAGCCGCCACCAGAGCCACGAAGAAUGUUGCUAUCAUAGGUGAAGCUCUCGAGUAUGCCGGCUCAUCAACAGCAUAUUUCCUGCAGAAAUACAGUCAGGAGCGAGGCAUACCCCUCAACAUCACAGUGUACGAACGUGACGGUCACAUAGGUGGUCGUUCAAUAACAGUCGGUGUAUAUGGAGACGAACAAAAUCCGGUCGAGCUCGGUGCAUCCAUCUUUGUUGAGGUGAACCACAAUCUCAUGAAUGCUGCUAAAGAAUUCAAUCUGUCGACCUCCGGCAUUCGUGAACUCAGCACAGAAGGACCAGUGUUGGGAAUAUGGAAUGGAAAAGACUUUGUUUACACGCAGAAUUCUGGUGGAAGCUGGUGGGAUACUGCAAAGCUUUUCUGGAAAUACGGCCUUGCACCUCUCAAGACUGUGAAGUUGAUGAAGGCUACCGUUGGGAAGUUUCUCAAGAUGUACGAAGAGCCAUAUUUCCCAUGGAAAUCAUUAUCGCACGUGGCCUAUGAACUCGGACUGACGGCUGUCACCGCCUCCACUGGUGAACAGUUUCUUGAUCAAAACGGAAUCGGCAAACUGUUCGCUCAGGAUAUCAUACAGGCGAGCACACGGGUUAACUACGCACAAAAUCUACCCCUCAUACAUGGACUGGAGGCGAUGGUCUGCAUGGCCACUGACGGAGCACAAGCAAUCGAAGGCGGCAACUGGCGAAUAUUCUCGAACAUGCUCGCAGCCUCUCAAGCAACAGUUCUUCUCAACCGCACAGUCAGCAAGGUUGAGAGGCAGGAGGAUGCUACAUAUAUGAUAUCGACAAAGGGAACGGAGUCAUCAGUAACACUCGACCAUCAGACGUUUGACGAGGUUGUGCUGGCAGGACCAUAUCAAUACUCGAGGAUCGAUUUUGAGCCCGAGCCUCGUCACCUGCCAGACUCGAUUCCUUAUGUACAGUUGCAUGUCACACUGUUCACAUCAAAACACAAGCUAUCGCCACGAGCCUUCAAUCUAUCGUCAGACGAAGUGGUUCCUCAAGUGGUUCUGACUACCCUCCCUCCAGGCGAACACCACGGCAGUGAUCCAGCAGGAGUGGGAUCACCUGGUUUCUUCAGUAUCUCACUUUUGCGUCCGAGCAUGGACACUCGUGAAGGUAAAGAUGAGCUGGAGUACCUGUACAAAGUUUUCUCGCCCACCCCUCUCAAUGAGACAUUCAUGGCCAACAUCCUGGGUCUGGCUGAAAACAGGACUAUAAGCAACGCGGAUGUCAGUUGGAUGUACCGGAAGGUGUGGAACAGCUAUCCAUAUGAGUAUCCGCGAGUAACUUUCGAAGAGCUCCAGCUGGACGACGGGCUUUGGUAUACGGCAGGUAUUGAGAGCUUCAUCAGUACAAUGGAAACAAGCAGCCUGAUGGGCAAGAAUAUUGCCAGGUUGAUGGUGGAUGCUUGGGAAGGUUAG